AUGACACGGCUUUACUGCAUCUGUCUUACUGGUUGGCUUAGUUAUGUCAUCAUUGGCACAGUCGCGUCCACCAUCCAAACGGGGAGCAUCACUACAAGGAUCAAUUCCACAGCAACAUCAGGUGGUUCAUCUAGUGACAAGAGCCGCAUCGUCAAGAUGGGCUCCGUGAACAAUCCAAAGCGAGUUGUUCUUCGUUUUAGCGUUCAAUACGAGCGUGAGGAAGCGACUAUAAAUGAACAAUUUUUUGCACUGCACGGCCCUGAACCUCCAAAUAAAGAUUUUUUUUCUCACUUAAUGGCCCCUAACGAAUCCUCCAAGAUGCACAUCGUUCUGGAUAUCUACUGUAACUCACACCCGGCUAUCGAUAACAGCAUAAUAUCAUACGAGGUCUUCAAAGUAAGGAAGAACGGCAAUUUUAAAUUUGAAAAACUAGGCGCUGCUGCAUGCCAACUUGCCCGCAAGCGCUGCGAGUUGUAUGGGAUCAAAUGGGGCACUAACUAA